AAGAUAGAAUAUAACCUCUGCUUCAGUUAUAUUUCUCUCCCUAACCUAAAACACACUCGCACCCUACCAAUGGCUCUCAGAAUGUGGGCUUCUUCUACUGCCAAUGCCCUCAAGAUCUCCUGCGCUUCUCGCCCACAUCUCUCCAGAUGCUUCUCUUCUGUGUUGGAUGGACUCAAGUACGCUUCUUCCCACGAAUGGGUCAAGCAUGAAGGCCCCGUAGCUACAAUUGGCAUCACCGAUCAUGCCCAGGACCAUCUGGGGGAGGUGGUGUUUGUGGAUCUGCCAGAACCCGGUGGCUCGGUGGCCCAAGGGGGUAGCUUCGGAGCAGUUGAAAGUGUUAAAGCAACCAGUGAUGUUAAUUCUCCCAUCUCAGGCGAGAUUGUUGAGGUUAACACUAAGCUCUCUGAGGCACCUGGCCUGGUUAAUUCGAGCCCAUAUGAAGAGGGAUGGAUGAUUAAAAUAAAGCCGAAGAAUCCAUCAGAAUUAGACUCGUUGAUGGGUUCCAAGGAAUACACCAAGUUUUGUGAGGAAGAAGAUGCUGCACAUUAAAAAGUUGGAGACUUGCUACUUCUGCAACUCUUGGGACUAUAGCUAACUCUUCUCCACAUGAUUAUGUACCGUUUGAUUGUCAGUUUUUAAUUUAUUACUCUCAUCAUUUCUCUUUCCCGUCUAUCUAAUCUAUUUACUACA